UCCCGUUUCCUCGUUCCCGUCUCCGGAUCUCUGUCCGUGGUUCCUCCUCCGGUCUGAACCUUCUAAAGACUCUGACCGCGACCCGGACCCGGACCUGGACCCGAACCCGGACUUGGACCCGGUACCGAGACCCGUGAACCCGGACCUGGACCUGGACCCGGUACCGAGACCCGUGAACCCCAGUGAAGAGUUACUGUCAGCUGUGCAGACGGAGACACCUGUUCACCUGUCUGUCUGCAGCAGAGCGUGAGACGACGAGUGACUCAACAACAACAACAACAACAACAACAACAACAAGACUCUCUUACACACAAACAUGGAUUUACUGGACUCAGGACAGAAGUUCAGCCCGAGACAGGACCAGGACUGGGACCCGGCCCUCCGGUUCCUGCCGGCCUCCGACACCAAGCGGCUGGAGAAGAAGCCGGGCAGGAGGAGGGCGCUGUGUGUGGGCGGCGGCCUGCUGCUGGCUGCGGCCGGCGUGGCGCUGCUGAGCGGACUGCUGGUCUGGCACUUCCACUUGCGCCGUGACGUCCGAGUGAAGAAGGUCUACAUCGGCUCCAUGGGGAUCAACAACCAGCCCUUCCUGCUGGACUACGAGGACCCCGGCAGUCCCCAGUUCACUCACCUGGCCUCUCUGGUCAGCAGGCAGCUGAAACUGAUUUACUCUAAAAACUCUGUGCUGGCCAAACACUUCAAAGGCUCCACGGUCCAGGCCUUCAGGGAGGAGGGGGGGGGCCGGGGGGGGGGAGGAGUCAUGGCGUACUACCAGUCGGAGUUCGACGUGCACGUCCUCCAGCAGGCGGCGCUGGACGACGCCAUCGAGUCUCUGGAGCCGGCGGCAGGAAGUCAGCAGCGGCGGGGGCGGGUGCUGCUGAGGCCCAGCGACGCCCUGGACGUCAACAACGUGGUCUCCAGAGCGAUCGACUCGCGCAUGACGAGGACGUCUCUGAUUGUGAAGUCCUUCAGCCUCCACGUCAGCACCCCGGGGGUCCUCCGGUCUCCGGGGUUCCCCGACUCCUCGUACCCCCCUAACGUCUACCUGCAGUGGCGGCUGAGGGCCGACCCGGGCCACCGAGUCCGCCUGGACUUCCACACGCUGAUCCUGGAGGACGACUGCCAGAAGGACUUCAUCCAGAUCUACGACUCGCUGGCCCCCAUCCAGAAGCGGGUCCUGACAGAGCAGUGCGGGUACCCCCAUGAGUCCCUGACCUUCCUGUCCUCGGGGAACGUCCUGCUGCUGGUUCUGAUCACCAGCGAGGAGAAGAACUUCCCCGGCUUCAGGGCCAACUACUCCCAGAUCCCUGUGGCCCAGCAAAAGUGUGGAGGAACGCUGACCGCGGACAGAGGCUCCUUCUCGUCGCCCUUCUUCCCCUCCAACUACCCUCCUGAGACCUCGUGUGUCUGGACCAUCGAGGCACCGAAAGAAAAGUUUGUGAAGGUCCAGUUCCAGAAGUUCUUCUUGGGAAACGACAGCAUUCAGUGCCGCGGUGACUACGUCGACGUCAACGGUCAGAGGUUGUGUGGCAGGAAGCCAACGAGCACCGUGGUGACCAGCCGGAGCAACGCCAUGACCGUCAGGUUCAACUCCGACUCGUCCUACGUGGACCAGGGCUUCACGGCCGAGUUCGAGGCCUUUGUCCCGACCAAUCCGUGUCCGGGGAGGUUCCAGUGCACCAACAACCUGUGCAUCAACCGGACGCUGCAGUGCGACGGCUGGAACGACUGCGGAGACGGCAGCGACGAGGACCACUGCCAGUGCGAGGCGGCUCAGAUGAAGUGCGACAACGGCCGCUGCAAACCGAAGUUCUGGAUGUGCGACGGCGUCGACGACUGCGGAGACGACACGGACGAGCAGAGCUGCGUCAAAUGCAAACCCGGAGAGUUCUCCUGCAGAAACAACCGCUGCGUCCCGGAGGCGUUCAAGUGCAACGGGAAAGACGACUGCUCCGACGGGUCGGACGAGUCCAGGUGUGAGAAAUCUCUGGUGCUGCAGCAGUGUUCAGAGUUCACGUUCCGCUGCAGAACCGGACGCUGCAUCAGCAAACUGAACCCAGAGUGUGACGGAGAACCGGACUGUGAGGACGGUUCUGAUGAGGAACACUGUGAGUGCGGGACGAAGCCGUACCGGAGCUCCCGCAUUGUGGGCGGAGUCGCGUCCCGGCAGGGGGAGUGGCCGUGGCAGGUCAGCCUCCACGUCCGGGGCACCGGCCACGUGUGCGGCGCCUCGGUGUUGAGCAACCGCUGGCUGCUGACCGCCGCCCACUGCGUGCAGGACAGCGGAGCCGACAGGUACUCCCAGGCGGACCAAUGGGAGGUGCUGCUGGGUCUGCAUGUGCAGAGUCAGACCAACGAGUGGACGGUGAGGAGGAGCGUGAAGCGGAUCGUCGCCCACUCGGACUACAACACCGUAACCUACGACAACGACAUCGCGGUGAUGGAGCUGGACGCCAACGUCACCCUGAACCAGAACAUCUGGCCCAUCUGCCUGCCCUCCGCCUCCUACGACUUCCCGGCAGGCCGAGAGGCGUGGAUCACCGGCUGGGGGGCCACCAGGGAGGGAGGUCUGGCUGCGACCAUCCUGCAGAAGGCCGAGGUUCGGAUCAUCAACAGCACGGUGUGCAAGAGUCUGAUGGACGACACCGUCACCGACAGGAUGCUGUGUGCCGGGGUCCUCAAAGGGGGCGUGGACGCCUGUCAGGGCGACUCCGGCGGCCCGCUGUCCGUCACCGGCCCCAGUGGGCGGGUCUUCCUGGCUGGCGUGGUGAGCUGGGGCGACGGCUGCGCUCGUAGGAACCGACCCGGCGUCUACACCCGGGUCACCAAAUACCGGAGCUGGAUCCGGGAGACGACGGGGGUGUAGCGUAUAGUCGUAACUAUAUAUAUAUAUAUAUAUAUAUAUAUAUAUAUAUAUAUAUAUAUAUUUAUAUAUAAUGUGUACAUGUGUAUAUAUAUAUAUACUAAUAUUCUCAGGGUGUAAAGGGUUCCCCAGCGUUCCAGGUCUGGAAGGGGGACCAGGUUCAGUUAAAACCGGAUCAAAAUUCUUUUGUUUCUUCAAACAUUCAGAAGUUUCAAAUUCAUCUCGACUUAAAUUAAACAACUUGUUUCCUCACAAAAAGUGCUGAUCAUGAGAUGAAGUUAUGAUGGGUUGGCAUGUUACCAUUUCUAUAUGUAUAUUUAUAUUUAUAUAUAUAUGGUGGGACCAGGUCUGAUGGUCCAGGUGGGACCAGGUCUGAUGGUCCAGGUGGGACCAGGUCUCAUGAUGAAUAAUUGAUUUUUCUUUAGGCUUCAGGAGCUCGUUUAUGUUUUAACGUGUAAACGUUUGAUACAUUUCUUGUUUUCACUAUUUUCUGCUGAACGUAUUUAUUGUUGUUAUUUUACAGUUUUCUCAUCAAUCAAUCUUUGCUAAUUAAUAAUACAAUUAAUUAAUACAAUUCAAAGAAAACCAAAUAAUGUGAUUGUGUGAGAUGAUUUCAACACAUUUUAAGAUGAAGCAGACGUCUCUAUAUGAUCAAUAUAGAAAUGUUCUUGUUUUUAAUAACAAAUCAAUAAUACACAUUCAUUUAUUCUGAUAAUCUGUUGAGAACCAGACAGUUUUGAUUUCAUACGCAUGAGAUUCUAUUUUAAAUAUGUAUGUAAUUAUUAUAAAUCACUUUUUUUAAUAAAAUGUUUGGCAUCAUGUGAGUUGUGUCGAACCAAAAGUC